AUGAGUGGGGAGAAAUUUGGAGAAGAGGGAUUCAUGAACGGUGUUCAAGGAGAAAAUCCAUUAAUGGAGAGAAGAAGGGUGGCCCAAGGCAGCGCUGGAGUGGAUGGUGUCAACGGAGCAAGUCGUAAGGAGAUUCAGCAGUUCAGUGCAUCGGCCCAGGUGUUGGGUGAUGCUAGAGCAGCCCAGGCAGGCGACGCUAAAGCAGCGUAG